AUUAAUAUGGUUGCCAUCAUCGUUGAAAUUCCCGGAAUCCUUUAAGAUAUUAAUGAGUAGUCCUACAAACUCAUUCACCAAUUCAGCGACAUCGGCUUACAUCGAACGCUCACUGAGCACUUCCAAUGAUAAUUUAAAUCGUAAAACUACAGGUUGUUAGAGAAGUAGUCAAAGAAAAUUUCUAAUUAUAUAUUUGCAGAAAGUAAUAUAAAACAAGUAUCGGCUUUUAAAAGGUAUGACGCUGACCAAAUGAAGCCAAGUAUGAAUGGGGAUAGUUUAGGACAAGCAAUACGCCUUAGCGGCAAUGAUAAAAUAUCCACUCAUAAAAUUCCUCCACACGAAGAAGUAAAAAUUGUGUUAAGCGAUUAUGGUAAUAUUGAACGACAAACCUCUGGCAGCAGCAAGGUUAAAAUUUCUACCGUUUCUAAAUACGACUGGGAGCAUAAAGUAUAUACGGGAAAGAUCGUUGCAGUUCAUAAGAAUCUUAAUUACCUCGCUUAUGCUCUAAAAGGUAGAGAAGGUGGAAUAGUUAGGGUCCUCAACACAUAUACAUCAGAACGCAUGGUUUUGAAAGGUUUCGAUGGAAGUAUUCAAGACUUGGCAUUUUCUUAUUCUGAAAGUGCCUACCUGGCUUGUUGCGACUCAAGAGGAAAUGUGCAUGUUUAUUUGAUAUAUAACGAUGGAAAUGAUAGAUCCAUGCAAUUUGACUUUAUUACAAAGUUUAAAUCAAACGGUCCGAUGAACAUAGUUUGUCGAGUCAUCUGGUGUCCUUACAUACCCGAUUCUGAUGAGAGUCUUUCUACUGUAUCUUCUUCUGAAGAUUGCGGUACACUUCUCUUUAUUAGCUAUGACACAAAGGGUUGUAUGUUUAAAGUUGACCAAUGUAUCAAAGCUGGCAUCGCAAAAGAAAUUGACAUUGAAACGCAAGAUAUUCCCACUAUACGAAUAAGUCCUCACGAACAAGUAAUAACUGACGCUAGUAUUUCCCCCGAUGGAACAGCAGUUGCAACGGCAAGUAAAGACGGAGAAGUUAGAUUUCAUCAGGUUUAUUUACCAGAAAGAGAGCCAGCAAAAAUUUUGCAUACUAUUGUGCCUUAUGCUGGAUUAUCAGUUAAUGCCAUUUGCUUUCUUGAUAAUCACAAAAGGAAUAAUGAUGAGGCAUUUUGGCGUUUCAUUCUUACAAUGGGAGGUCCCAAAAAUAACGUAGUAAAACUCUGGAAUUGUGAAAAGUGGUCUUGCUUGCAGACCAUUACUUUUGAUUCUAGUGCAGAUAACAUGCGAUUAAUAGGACAAACAGAUUUCUCAUCUUCUCAUCUUGUACUAGCAGACGUUUACAGUAGAACUCUUAUGGUUCUUGAUAUACAACAACAUAGAAAUGAAAGCAGAGCGGGAUUCACCGCGGUUUCCGAAUUCUUACUUACUUCGCCUUGUCUGAACAUUGCUGUAAAAGAUGCAUAUAAGAAACCGCUGCGUCCAAAAACUGAAGAAACUCACCCUGACAUCGCUAGCGAGGAUGAGAGUGAUGGAGAGCCUAGUGAACGCGACGACAUUGGAACAUUUGUGGACCUGUACAGCGUUCAGCCAAGAGCAUUGGAAGAACUGAAAAUUCGAUAUAGGGAAAGUAGUGCUAAUCACACACCUAUGUCUUCUUUCAAUGGAGAAAACUCAUCUGGAUUACGGGAUGGUUUGUCCGAUUUUCAGGAUAUGACCCCUCCAUCCUCUCGCCAUUCGCUUCUAGAAGGCGGUGACCCGGAUGGUAGAUUGAGCUACCACAGUAGUUUAUCAGGAGCUGAAAAGCCUGUUUUGUUAACGCCCGAUGCUUUUACAUCUCCACCACCUAAAAGCGAUGUCUCUAGUACAUUAACUAAUGUGACAUCCAUGCCUCCAGAGCCGAUAUCAGACUUCCCUCGUCCCCCGGUUGUACAGGAAAAUUCGAGCUCUAGUUCCUCAGCAAGUCUAGAGGUCAAUGAAAUUAUGGAUAGAGCAAAGGAUCCUGACCCUGGAGAGAUAAGCGAUGAUGAAGAAGAAGAAGAAGAAGAGGAAGAAGGUACAAUUGACGAGGGAAGUUGGCACUCAACACCAUUAGAGAAACAAGCUCAAAAUUUUUUCCAGGUUUUGGCUAAAAAAGCCAUUGGGCAUGCUGUUUCAAAUGAUUCUGAGGAUGGUGUUGAAAAGGACGAAAUGAAUCUAGCUUCAAACGGUCACGAAGCAGAUGACAGUAGCUCUUGUGAAAUACCUGCUGCUACUCGUAUGGGAUUGCAAAACUUAAUGCUCACUGACGAAAACAAACGAUUACUAGAUAUUCAGCACGAAAUGAAAGAACUAAAAGCUGUUGUAUUUAGUCAGCGAGAGCAAUUAAAUACGAUGCAGGCAUCUCUCUUUGAAGAGUUUAUGGGUUCAAGAGAAAAAUCUGCUAAUUUGCACAAACAAUUGCAACGUAUUGAAAGUACAAUUGUAUCUCGUAUUGAUAAACAAACCAAUUCUCAGGAAAAGAAAUUAUCAUUGCUAACAACUGAGAAACAGAAACAAGAUAAGGCCUCUCAACAAUUAAGCUCAAGUUUAGAGAAAGCCUGUAAGACAAAACUUGACACUAUAGUUGCUCCCUCCAUAAUGCAAGCCCUUGACCCUCUGAAGGCUAGAAUUCUGCAAGAAAUGACUCACCGUUUAAUAGCCACCGAAUCAACCUUAAAAGAGUCCAUACAGAGACUCAUUAAACAACAAAGUACGAUUGAUAAUAUAAGUCAAGCUACAGCCGCUUGUCUUCAAUCUACAAUACAAACUGCUUAUAAAGAUGCUUUCACUUCUAUCGUUAUACCGACUUUCGAAAAGACUAUUCAAAGAUCCUUAGAGCAAGUCAAUACCAUAUUUGUCAAUGGCGUUAAAGAGUACGUCAAUAAUGUUGAGAAUCACGUGGACAAAUUACGUAAGAAACAAGAAGAUGGAACGGAUCCAGUUAUGCAGCAAUUGCGGCAAAUUAGUCAACAACUUUCGGAACAAAAGCUAACCCUGUCAGAUUCUAUUAAAUCUGAAAUGGCAUCUACUAAGGCUGAUUUACUCAAACAAAUGAAAGUGCUUGUUCAAAGUGAGGUUGAAAAUGCUAUGAAGGCUCAUGUCAAUGAAAUAAACGAAAAUGUUGUUACUGCGUUACGAUCAAGAGCAUCGACACCUACUUCAGUUGUUAGUGUGGAGAAAAUAGACACCGAAAACAGAAAGAGAAGCAUUCAUCAACAAAUCGUCAGGGGACAAGUUGAUAUGGCUUUUCAAAGUGCUCUCUGUGCCUGUGACAUAGACUUGGUGUUGUAUGUAUGCGAAUCAUUUGAGCCAACUAUGUUGUUCUCCCCAAGUUGUCCUUUGCAACAGCCAGUUUUAUUAUCAUUAAUUCAGCAGCUUUCCGCCGAUUUUGGUACAAAUACCAAAUUAAAAGUGGCUUAUCUUGAGGAGGCCAUCACACAUGUGGAAUCUGGACACGCCGGAACAGCACAGCACGUUCCCGUUGUGAUGAAAGCUGUUCGCGACGGAGCUACUGCAUUCUUAUCCAGAAAUCAAGGAUUUCCCUUAUCCAAGAAUAUUCGUAUGAUUCGUAUGGCCGCCGAAUCUUUUUUGAAAAAAUAGUAAAUUUGGUUAUUUUAAAAACGUUUUAGGUGGAAAUUUUUUGUUUAAGUUUAUGUAUCGUAAAAGUGUUUUAUCUGACGUUUUAUUUCGUCUGCAAUAUUCGAAAAAAGAUGAAAUUUUUUUUCAUAUUUCAUAUUGUGUCGUUUCAUUUUUGACUCAACUUUUUCACGAUAUUAAGUCGAAAUGUAAAAUAUUUAUAGUUAUACUAUUAACCCUUUAGGUCUAUUUAGUUUGGAAUCUACAGUAUAUAGGUCAUUCUCUGAUUGCCUCUUCGAUUUUUGUUAAUAGUCUCAAGAAUAAUCAUGGCUGCUGUAAAAUAAAGUAUUCAAACUGUUAUUUGAAAUUUCUUACGUUUUAUAUUAUAUCAUAAAAAUCAUUCAAUAGGUUCUAAGGUACUACUCUAAUGUCCACGCUACUGAUAAAGCCUGCGAAGGGUAAACUUUGUACAAACAAAUUUUCAUUACAUUAUUAACAAUAAAAAACAUAUUAUGUCGGAUUAGAGGAUCGAGCAAUUUGUUCCCUCAAAAUUUGUAUGCUUUGCCUUUGCUCGGGAGGUAGCAUAGCAAUUUGGUCUUCUGAUAAUUGCAGAACUUGCAUGAGAACAGCAGUUUUAUCGUCGCCUUGCUGAGUAGGGUAAUCUGUUCGCAAAGUUGUUGAAGCUCCAGACCAAGAUCUAGGAUCCACCGAGGAAGCU